CCCACCCACAACCCUGGAUCAGCCGCCUGAGCCCAUCUCCCCUUCUACUCCCUACUAUCUGAUGUUGUUCUCCCCCCUAUUAUUAUUUAUUCCCAGCCCUCGUUUUGCAUCACUCCUCAAUUACUUUUCUCGUUCUUUCUUCCUCGCGACUCCAGAGUGAUCUCGUCUGAGUUCUUCGCCCGCUUUCGCUGUUCGUUGAUCUACUGCGACGACGCUGCUUGGCUUUUUUGGCAGUCAGACAAUUAUCGUUCAAACCGUCCUCGUAGCACUGAAAAGUCCGCUCGUUCCGCAGUCUCAGCCGCAGAUCCAAAUACCAUACCAUACCUCCGCCAACCCUCUUCCUCCUCCAAUUCCGAGUCUUUCUUUCACGCUCAACUUCCUUUCUUUGAUAUCAAGUGACCAAUAUAAUCUUCGACGGCCUGGAAGUUAACUCGUUGAAAUCGUUAGUCUAAUCAAUCGAAAGCACAAGGGAUAAAUAUACCACAGGGACUAGAAGAGUAUCCCGCCGGUUCAUAUACUUUGGCCCAUCCAUUCGAUAUUUCUGUAAGACCAUUGGGUUUAACGACCAGAUAUGUCGGACUUACAAGGACGUAAAGUGUUCAAGGUGUUCAAUCAAGAUUUUAUUGUUGACGAGCGAUACAAUGUUACUAAGGAGUUGGGACAAGGCGCAUAUGGCAUAGUCUGUGCUGCCACGAAUGUUCAAACUGGGGAGGGCGUUGCCAUCAAGAAGGUUACAAAUGUAUUCAGCAAGAAAAUCUUGGCCAAGCGGGCUCUGCGUGAGAUUAAACUCCUCCAGCAUUUCCGCGGCCAUCGCAAUAUCACGUGUCUCUAUGACAUGGAUAUUCCAAGACCAGACAAUUUCAAUGAGACAUACUUGUAUGAAGAAUUGAUGGAGUGUGAUUUGGCGGCAAUCAUCCGAUCAGGACAGCCCCUAACCGAUGCUCACUUCCAGUCCUUCAUUUACCAGAUACUCUGUGGAUUGAAAUACAUACAUUCCGCCAAUGUCCUGCACCGAGACCUUAAACCGGGCAAUUUGUUGGUUAAUGCUGACUGCGAGCUUAAAAUUUGUGACUUUGGCCUCGCCCGUGGCUUCUCCAUCGACCCAGAUGAGAAUGCUGGUUAUAUGACUGAAUACGUUGCCACCAGAUGGUACCGCGCCCCUGAAAUCAUGUUAAGCUUUCCAAGUUACACAAAAGCCAUCGAUGUUUGGUCUGUUGGCUGUAUUUUGGCCGAACUCCUGGGUGGUCGACCAUUCUUCAAGGGCCGCGAUUACGUUGACCAACUCAACCAAAUCCUCCACUAUCUUGGAACCCCCAAUGAAGAAACCCUUUCACGCAUUGGUUCUCCCCGUGCGCAAGAAUACGUCAGAAACCUCCCGUACAUGCACAAAAUCCCCUUCCAGCGCCUGUUCCCGAACGCGAACCCAGAUGCCCUCGACCUACUUGACAGAAUGCUAGCCUUCGACCCAUCUUCUCGUAUCUCUGUUGAAGAGGCUCUUGAGCAUCGCUACUUGCACAUCUGGCACGACGCUUCGGAUGAACCCUCAUGCCCCACCACAUUCGACUUCCACUUCGAGGUUGUUGAUGAUGUUCCGGAAAUGAGGAAAAUGAUCCUUGACGAAGUCCUCCGAUUCCGACAACAUGUGAGACAGGGAUCCCAGACACAGGCCGUGGCGGCACAGCAGGCAGCACAGCAGGCCCAGCAGAACGUUCCGAUUCCGGAGGACCAUACUGGUGCCUGGAAGCAGGAAGAUCCCCGGCCCCAAGAGGCUAUAUAUGAUGGUUCCCGACACCCCAACGACCUCGAGGCAUCACUCCAGAGGGGAAUGGAUGUUGUUAGAUAAGUAUACUAUCUAGACAGAAAAGGAAAUGAUAAACAAGAGAAGAAAAAGAUUUAUUAGUCGAAGAUACCGAUACACUCAUAUGCUUUGAUCGGAAUAUUGUCCCCGAAGAGUUUGACACACGCUACUCAUUUUUGUUUCCCUAUCCGGCACCUAAUUUAUUGAAUUAUAUAUGAUUAUAUAUGGUUCCUUUGUCCAGGAACCCCCCUAAUUUCCUUGGAAGUUUAUACUUGGUUUGAAUUUUUUCCUUAUGUUCGUUUCUGUCUCCGUCUCGCAAAGUUAAGUGUUUUCCAAUGCUUUUAAAAGCGAUUGUCAGGGUUUUUAAUCACUUUAUGAAUGUCUAUGAGGGUUUCAGGCUGAAUGAAGGAUGGAUAGUUUGGUACAAAGGAUGGAAUAUUUUUGCUCGUUGCCCCUCAAACCUGCAAACGGGUUGGAUUUGAUGGAUAUGGUCGGCUAGGAAGUGAUGGAAUGGGGGUCAUGCCUUGCUACCUCGGUAUACCUCGUCACAGUUUAGACCUGAUUAAACAGUCAAGCAUAUAUAGGAAUAUUCAUUCAAGUUAUUCCUUGGGAAUGUUGACCGUGAAAUUUAAAAAGCACUAACUAUCACUGAAAUUUUGUUGAUUGUUCUAAGACCUCUUUCCC